AUGGCCAAAGAAACUAAUGCCUUUGUGCGAAAAUUGGCUCACAACGACCCAGCAGUUAGAAAUGCUGCUUUUGUUGCCUUGAAAAACUUUUUGAAAGCUAAAAGCUCAUCUAAAUUGGAUCUCAUCGAGUUACAAGUCUUGUGGAGAGGAUUGUACUUCUCCAUGUGGUAUUGUGACAAGCCUAUUCCUCAACAAACGUUGGCUGGUAACUUGGGUGAGUUAUUUUCCAAAGUUGUGGCCGAAAGCCAGCUCCAAGACUUCCACAGGGCCUACUGGCUGAUCAUGGCCAAGGAAUGGCCCCAGUUGGACAAAUGGAGACUCGACAAGUAUUUGAUGUUGGUGAGAAGAGUACUCAGGCAUCUUCUUUUCCGUUUGGAGGAGCACGGCUGGCCAGAGGCUGAGGUGCAAAACUUCUUGGAUGUUUUGAACGAGUAUCCAUUGAGUGAAAAGGCAUUCUUCCCUAAAUCGCUCACAUACCAUAUCUGUGACAUUUAUCUUGAUGAGAUCGAGUAUGUGAUCUUCAAGGACUUCAGAGAUUACAGUCAGGAAGAUGAUGUUGAGAGUGAAGACGAGGAUGACGAAGUUGAUGAAGAGAAGGAAGACGACGACGAGGAAAAGGAAGAGAAGACCAAGAAUGACGUCAAGUCCCUCACUGAAGAAGAGCAGAAUGCGAAGAAGGCACAGAUUCUUGCAAAUACUCCACUUGUGAAGUUGAUCGAGCCUUUCGACACUUUAUCCAAGUCUGGCAAAGAUAAGGUGUUGAGAAACAAAAUCAAAGAGGAGGUCAUCAACGACGACAGAAUCAAGGCUUGGGGCGUUAAUGACGAGGAGGAGAACGACGACUCUGACGAUGAAUGGACAGGGUUCUAG